UCAUUUCGUUGCUCCACUCACAUCUAAUCCAGCGGAGUAUCCUACAGUAUUUCAGCAGCCUCCAUUGUCUCUCACAUCCCGCCAUGCACUUCAGCAAGAUAGCCGGGCUGGCUCUGAGUCUUACAGUCCCAGCUGCUGGCAUCUCCGUUCCUCGAAGUCCAGUUCCUGAGCCCGCAUCUCCAAUAGUCUCGAAGUUGUUCUGUGACGUUACUAACACAAUCACGUCUGGAUCUAUCACGACCACUGACGCUACUGUUACGGCUACUGCAGAGGCGACUCGAACUAAGACCGCUUCCGCGACCGUUACGGAAUUUACCACGAUAACAAUCACCAGUACCACGGUCGUUCCUAGUACCACACUCUCCCCUAGGUGUUUGACUUUGCGGGAUGAGCAAAAGCGAGCGGCUGCCGUUCCAACAAAAAAGCCUACAUGCCUCGCGAAUUAUAUCGAAGGUCAGGCUCUUAGCUCGGCUUGCAAGUGUCUGUCCGUACCUACCUCCAGCACAACUUGGACGGCAAUCGUAAACAUUCCCGCAACUACAAAAACUUCAGUCACAGUACCCAGAACAGUUGUCGCUACUGCGACCAUAACGCAGACCAACACUGCUACAGCCACUGUCACGAACACCGCGACAGUGACUUACGCGACAGUGACUUCCACAAUCGUCACGCAGACAACUGUGGAGAUAACUCAAACUGUCCGUCUCCUAUGUUAGCUUACAUUGGUGCGCGAUGCAGUACUUUAGUGCAACCAAUCCUAUCUUAUAGCCCUACAAUAACACAGAAACGAUGAGCCAUUUUCAAGUUCGGUAAUACAUCCAUCAUACCUACGCACAGAUACCUUCGAAAGAGAGUGACUGCCCGACUCUAGAAACAGCAGUCCACAUCGUGACCGUUU